AUGAAGGUUCAGUGUGUAUAAAAAGGCUGUUGUCCUUACGCCGAAGCACAGUAGGCAAACAAGUGGCUGAAGAGACUAACAGUUGUUGAGUGUUGGUGGAUCUUUUAGGUUCUAGUCAUGGAGCUUGGUUUUGCGACGAGGAGCCUCCUCGUCGUGUGCGCUCUGGCGCUGCCCCGUCUCUCUACCUCGACCCCCUUGGCCUCCCCUGCCGCUGAUCCCCUGCCCGGCCCUGCCCCUGUCCCUAAUCCCCAGCCCGGCCCUGCCCCUAUCCCUAAUCCCCAGCCCGGCCCUGCCCCUGACCCCAAAGCCGACCCCUGGUUCUUCAGCAUCUUCAACCACUACGGCCACCAUGGGCCUCUCGGGGGACACAUCAUCUACGGCGGCUAUGGCGGACACGGGGAUGACCACGGACACGGGGACGACCACGGACACGGAGGACACGAGUUAGAGCACCGUUCGGGGCACGCCGAUCACGGAGGGCAUGGCGACCAUGGAGGCCACGGCGCUGGGCACGCAGCGCACGGUGUACAUGGUAGGCCUGGCUACUAUCGCUUCCCUCCAUACCCAGGAUACCCAGGUUACGGAGGUGUCGGCGGGCACCCGAGCCACGGUGGGCAUGGAGAUCACGGAAGCCACGGUGGGCACGGAGACCACGGUGGGCACGGUGACCACGGUGGGCACGGUGAUCACGGUGGGCACGGAGACCACGGUGGGCACGGAGACCACGGUGGGCACGGAGGUGGGCACGGAGAUUUCAGCGACGUCUUCCACCCGUACAAUGUGUUCUUACGCAGCAACCGCGAGUACUUCGCCGAACACCCCGACGGCUACGACUUCCACUACUUCCCGAGCUACUAUUUCGGACGCUUCCUCAACCCGCAUUGAUGAGUGUUAAAGUAUAUAGCUUCAUAACACAAAUAUAUGUUUAUAUAUACUUACACCGAAUGAAAUGAAAUGAAAGAAAAUCUGUAUAUAUCUAUGCGUGUGUGUGUGUGUGUGUGCGUGUUGUUAUUGUUGUUGUUGAUUUUCAUAUCAAUAAAUAAGUCAUCCUUUACUUACGGGUAAAAAA